CUAAAGUGUUUCUGUAUUCAGCGUCACAGAGCGCCGUCGUUCCUGAUCCCACAACUGGAUCACAUUAGUGCCGCUGGAUGCUGAAUUGGCGCACAUUGAAGGCAUGUAGCCCAACAUCUGGGAGGGGCAUCGCGGCUGUGACAGUGUGAAUCGGAGGGUUUUUGAUCCGGUGCAGAAGGAAAUCUUUCUUCUUCCAGAACGCAGGUCUGCUGAGAUGCGCAGGGCUCCGACGCAGCAGCGGAGGUCGCGGAGGCUGCUGGUGAAUUACAAUUGAAGGCACCAUGAGCGAGCGGAUCUGUUGGUUUACCACGAAUCGCCGCACGAUUUGUUAAUUGAGGCUUUUCUCCUCCCAGAAAGGAUUUUUCGUCCUGUGGGAAUGAUUUUUCUCAGCGUGCUGUUGCUACAGAGGACCAUGGAGACCUCCGAAGGCAUCGGUCAUGCUCUCUGGUGAGGACGUGGCCGGGAGCGUGAGCUGUAAAGUCCCCAAAUUUGCAUCACAUGGAGGUCAAAGGUCAUCUGAUCACAUCCAUGGGUUUGGGAGCUCCUGAUGUUCAAGGCUGCCAGGACAGCAAGCUGCAGGCUGAGAGGAUCGCAGCUCUGCAGGAGAGGAAGCAGGCCCUGGAGGCUCUCCUCAACGCUAGAGUGGGAGAACUCAAACAAGUCUGUUUGCAGGAAGCGGAGUUGACUGGGAAGUUGCCACGUGCUUUCCCCCUGGAGACGGGAGAGAAACCCCCACCGGUGCAGCGCAGAGCUGGCCUGGCGCCCAACACCAAGGCAGAGGAUGAGGCUGCCCAAAGAAAGCAGAUGAAAGCCAUCUUCACCGGUGCUCUGUACCGACACUCGGAGUCCGACCGAAAUGUCCCAAAUAGCAAGAGGACAGUCCAUCGGGGGUGUCAUACAGAGGACACUGUCAUGUCAGAGAGUACAAGCUCCAUGUCAGAUUCAACAUCCCAUGACAACGAGUCUUCACCCAGUGUAGCUGCUGACCAGCGCUCUCUGUCUCAGCCCCGGCUCACUGUGGGCAGCCCCGACCACAGAAUCAGCAGGAAGUUGUCUCCGGUAGAGAUUUAUUACGAGAUGAGAACACGCCGCAACUCUGUGACCAGCUCUGUUAGCCCCACUCACUCUUUACCUAGAAGUGCUUCUAACGUUGAAGGCAGAAGUGUUCCAGCAACUCCUCUGUUGGCCCGAACUGCUCCGAUCAGCGUUCAUGUCAGGUCAGAUGCAUCCAGCGGAAACGGCUUGAAGCAGUGGUCUGGCAGCCUAGAUGUGCCGUAUAUGAUUCCUCUGGCUCAAGAGGGCUCUUCUUCUGACCGCCGAAGCUGCCCAUACAGCUCCCGAGCCAGGCGCAGCAACAGCUCCGAGGCCCUGCUGGAUAGAUCGAGCCUCCCGGACGAUCCCGCACCCAGAAACGGGAUGCCCCAGAGAGGAGGGCCCUACAAGAGCUCAGAGACAUUGACUGAUGGCAAGCUGCGACACAUUCACCUGGGCAGCCCUGAGAGACACGUGGACAGCUCUGGGGAACCGGUCAAAAUGCGUCUGUCUAUGGGAGGCAGGGGGGCCAGUGGAGGCUACAAUGAGCUUUUGAUGGACUAUAUCUGGGGGAAACAACAGAGGAUGCAAGUGCAACACCACCUAUACCAGUCCACAGGCAGGAUCUGGCAGGACAUGUCCUCUCCUCGCUCCUCCACUGCAGCGGUGCCUCCUCAUGCCAAUGGAUUUUCUCAUUCCCAGGUGCACCUUCCCAGUGCUGCACCCCCUUACAGCCCCAUGGUCCUCAGAGGAUCCCAAGCUGAGUUACGCAGGGUCAAAGUUACCAGAACCAAAUCUUGUGGGCCCUUCAUUCCUUUGCAGCAACAUCCCCAAGAUGCCAUCCUGCUAUCAGCGUACGAAUCCCCUCUCCCUGCCUCUGGCUCCACCACAUCCUCCAUCCCCAACCUGCACCCCUACCAGACCGAGCUGUCUGGUACUUCUUUCAGCCGCAGACCCCCACAGUUCUCCCUCCCAACCCCAGAAGACUCGACAAGAAGCCUGCAUAAAGCCCUGGCUCUGGAGGGACUGAGGGACUGGUACUUGAGGAACGCUCUCGGCUAUCCUCCUGCUGCCCCAAAGGGUCACGAGGCGGGGAUCUCUCGUCUGUCACACCCUCACCCACUGGUGCACCAGGCCCAGUCUGUUCAAGGUGAAUCAGCCAACGUCCAAAGGCCUCAGAUACCCCAGUCUGCCAGCUUCCACGGUCACCCUCUGCAUGGGAGGUCGAUGGAGUUCUCUCUCUAUCAGGAAACUCCGGAUCCACAGAUGCAAGACGUGACCCCAAAGGAGCAGAGUGCAGACCCAGGCACCCUGGUGUGAAGCAGCAGAACACACACACACAUACAGAGACACACACUGCAUUGUAUGAGCAAAAACACUGUAGCCUCACACAGACUCGCACAGUUACACGACUACACACACACACACGUUGAUACAAUGUGACCUCAACAGCAAAGCAAAACAUGGCAACCUCAGCAGAAAGAGACUGGAGUAAACGACAAACUGUAGUCGUACAGUUUUAAAAAAAAAGCCUUGGCACGUUCCCCAUGUUAUACCUGAUUCCACCAGUAUGAACUGUAAACCCAGUGCUCCCAUACGGAUGUGCGCUGGUGCUGACUUUACAGAGCAUCCCAUAACAUUACGGUCACGUUGUGGCUGUACUUUACUUCAUAUCGAAAUAUUUCUGGUCCAACUCGAGCAGUAAGAUCCUUCCUAAUAGCCCUCAAAAGUCUCCGAAGAUAUACUUUUAUACAGAAUAUAUACAACUCUAAAUUACUAUUUUGUAUCUUGUGGAAUAUAAAGAACCGUUAUAUUAAAGAGGUAAUUUAUUGCUCAAUAAUCAUGUGAUAUACAAAGAUGUUAUAUGAGCUCAUUUGAAAAGUACUAUUACAUGCCGGUGAAUGUGUUUGUAAGCUAAAAAAACCGCAAAAAACAUGCUUCAGUCCUCAUCUGCAGUUAAUUUUUACAGCCAUUUGUAUUUUUCACGUCUGACAAAAUGAAACGGGCCACGAACUGUAGCGGACGGGAGUGCCUAAAUGUUUUAAUAUUGAAACUAAACCUUGGUUACGAAACUUUAAAGUGCUAGCGUUAAGCCUGUGUGAGCUUAGUCGAAUCAAAAACUGAAAAGCAUUUUAUGAUGUCACUCAAUUAGGGUGUUUGGAAAGAUGUCAUAUAUAUAUAUAUUGUGAUUUUUUUUUUUUUUUCUUUUUUGAGAGAGAGAGGGGGACGUUUGCUUUCUAGAUUCAGCUCGGUGCUGGCUGAUAAAUGUAGCUUCCUCUGGACAGAAUAAUUAGAUCAGUUUUAGCAAAAAACAAAACAUUGGAGUGUAGUGAGACCUACUGUAUGGCAGUAGCACAUGACUAUGUGGCAGUAAAUUACUCAUAUCAAAUCAGUUUCUCUGCAUUUACUUGUGGAGGAUCUGAGUGUCAUACAGAGCACUUUAUGAACAUCUUAAGCCUUAAUUCCCUUUGAAAUUGUCACCGAGACAGAUGACAGGCAGUAGAGAGGUUUUGACAGGGUUUGUAACGGGGCAAAAAUUAAGGAAAGAGAGUUUUUUUUUUUUUUAAACAUCUGCUGAAGGUCUACCUGAGCGUUACUCUGUAUAUAAUGUGGAUCGCACUGAUGAGUUUCAAGCUAAUGUUUUAUUCCCGUACUAACAGUGUAAUUUCUAAAACUAACCACAUAGUAAGUAUUUAAUCAAAAUAACCUCCCCCCACUCCUGCCACCCCCAAGUGAGCACUACUUAAUUGGCUGUAAAAAGUGAGGUUGGUGGUGUGAACAGAGUAGGGCUGCUGCAGUGUUGAAUGACGGCGCGAGCAGGUCUCAUGCCAGUAAAUUUCUUAAUGAGAAUUCAUGCUAGCUGAUAAUUGUAAUGACUUCAGUUCAGUUAAUGUGCUUGCUUUGUGUGUCUUUGUUUUUUUAUUUUUAUUUUUAAUGUCACACAGUUUUUUUUCCAUCAGUCCCGGUAGCAUUCUGCAAUGUGAACUUCAUAAAAAUCAGAAGAGGAAAUUAAACCCUCAAGGACACAGAAAAUUUUUGUCUCGGUGUAACAGAACGUAGCAUAUUUUUUCACGAUUUUAUAUAGGUUUGUUGUGUCAUUUUAUGUACCUGAUCUGUGGCCAUGUUGGGAGUCAUUUGAAUGUAAUUCUUUGUGUGUGUCAUGCGUGGUGUUUUUUUUUCUACUGUAGCACACCGUGGGAUGUUACAUGGUUUCUUCUGCUGUCUGAUGUGUUCAAGUCCUCUCAGUUUUCAGCUUCAUAGAGCUCCUUGCAGCUCGUUAAAAACCUGAAAUCAAAGACCAAACUGCUGUGCACUGGGGGUCAUAAAGGUAUUUUUCAUAUAAUGUACUCUGUAAGUUCAAAAUAAAGGAUAUAAAUUUAGCUCUAAAGCAAAUGUAUUCAAACUAUAUUAUAUUUAUGAACCUAUAACAUUUUGUAGCUAUCUACUGUAGCUCUUUCUCAUCAGUGCGGGACUGGCCAUGUGUGUUAAACAUUUCAUUCAGCAGUGUGAUGUGUUAAUAUUUGAUCAUUCUUCUUUUUUAAAAAAAAGAUAUUUAAGUGCAGCUGUUUUUCUCUUUACCUUAACUCUUUAUAGCCAGGCCUAUGGAAUUAGACUAAAUAGGCCCGCUCUAUUCUGUAUGUAUGAGAUUGUGCAUUCAUUCUACUAAAUAAAGUGUCAUGUUGAAAUCGAUACAAAA